GAAAGACCCCGGCAUCUCACACAAAACAUCGCGCUGAAACGCCCCUCUGCGGGAGCAUGGCUCGAGCGGAUGGUACGCUGGAGAGACCUGCUCCGGGCCGCAGAGCCCCCGGCCGCGGACGCCGCGGAUCCCCCGAAAGCGGCUCCGGCUCCGCACGCGGCGCCGGCGGCCCAUGGUGCCAAUGGCGAUGCGGAGGAGGACGACGACCUGCCGCCCUUGGUGUCCCAUGAGCCGGUGCUGACGGCCGACGCCUGGGUGGAUCCGGAGCCAAACGACCCCGACCCGCAGGACGCGCCGACGUCCAGGCAAGAGGAGCCGGAAGCUCAAGAGGUGCCGGAGGAGGAAGAGGAGGAGGAGGAGGAAGAGAUCUCUGAGUCGGAGGAGGAAGAGGAAGAGGCGGAGCCGGUGGUCUUCGAGCAGCCGCCCUUGGAGAGAAUUGAGCGCCCAGAGCCAGAGGGUAUCGCCGCAGGGCCCUGGCGCGCUGGGCACUUUGAGUUCUUCGCAGCCUUCGAUAGCGGCAACCUGGCGAAUGCGCGCCUGGUGUUGCCAGAGGAGGAGGCCGCGCCCAGCGCGGAGGAUGCGGACGUGGUCUGGGCGGCGCAGCCAGAGAGUCGGCUCCUCUACAAGUUGGCGAAGACCUGCGCGGUGCGCACGGAGCCCUCUGCCAAGGCGAAGCUCAUCACCAAGAAGUCCGCCGGCGCCCGGCUGUACGCGAACUGCCGACAGACCCUGCAUGGGUGGCAGAAGCUGGCGGAUGAGGAGGGUUGGGCGCAGCUCUCCGCCCCCGCCGAAGGCGGUGAGGUGAAGCGCUUCACCCCGCCCAACGCCGGCGACGCCGAAGUUGAAGUUGCAGAAGGUGCCGAGCAAAAGCUGCCAGCUGCCAACGGCGCCAGCUCCGAAGCGCGCGGGGGCUACCCGGCUCCGGCUCCUUCGAGCCUCGAGCUGACCUUCGAGGUCACAGCGCGCGCCGACUGCGCCGGCACGGACUUCGCCUCCGAGGAGUGCCAGUGGUUCCACUUCGGCCUCCGCGCGGACGCGGAGAACGGGGAUGCCGUCCCCGUUCUGCAAGCCGGCCAGCUGCUGCGAUUUCGAGUGCUGGGGCUCAGCCGCUUCCGGCGCCUCGAGACCACCCGCGUCAGCGGGCAGCUGCUGACGGACGGUCUGCAGCCGGUGGUCUCGGAGGACGGCAGAUGGCGGCUGGUGGAAGGAGACAUCGGCAUGCUGCGCACCCAGGCUGGAAUGGCCUUCACCUUUGAGCACCGGGUGGAGAGACCUUGCAAGGAGCUGCGCUUUGCCCUGACCUUCCCCUAUCCUCUGGGCCGCAUCUGGUCGCACCUGGCGGAAGUCACGGAGCGGCUGGUGGCCAAAGGCAACUACGUGGCGCGGGAGGUCCUCUGCAGCUCCUUAGGAGGUUUGCCCAUCGAGUUGCUGACCAUCACCCACUGCUCCGACCGCCAUACCGAGCGCUUGCCGGGCUUGGACCAGGAGGGCAAGGGCGAUGCCAGCGACGCGCGGCCCUGGAUCUUCCCGAAGCGCCGUGCGGUGUUCGUGAGCGCGCGGGUGCACCCGGGGGAGACCCCGGCCAGCUACAUGUUGGAAGGGCUCUUGGACUUCCUCGCCUCUGGCACCGCGGCUGCUCAGGAGCUGCUGCGGCGCUUCGUGUUCUUCAUCCUGCCGGUGCUCAACCCCGACGGGGUGGCGUGCGGCCACCACCGCCUGGACUUGCGGGCGGAGAACCUGAACCGAGUCUACGGCAAGGCCUCCUGGGAGGAUCAUCCCUCCGUGGUGGCGGCCGAGAAGGCUUGCCUCCGCGCGCACCGGCACCAGGGGCUGCGGCUCUAUCUGGAUCUCCAUGCCCACAGCAACCGCCGGGGCGGGUUCCUCCUGGCGGACGCGGGCAGCGACGCCAAAAGCCUCGCGGAGGCCAAGCUCUUCGGCUGGGCGCUGGGCAGGCGCUGCGAGGUCUUCGAGUUCGCGCAGAGCGACUUCAGCGAGUCCAAGCGCGGCACGGGGAAGUCCUUCAUGGCCAAAGCGACUGGGAAUCCGCUUUGCUUCACCGUGGAGUGCCACUACAUACGAGGCCACCACAGCGCCUGGCCGUUUCUGCCCUCGAAGUGGCGGACGAUGGGCGCCGCGUGCCUCGUGGCGCUGCUGGAUCUCGAGGCGCUGUCCUCUGCCAGGCUCCGGCCGCUGGCGCUGCCGGAUGUGCGCCGCGCCCGGCGCCAGCUGCGAGGCCGCAAGAAGAAAAGCUACGAGGAGGAGUUCUACGGCGUGCCCAGCCGCGCGCGGCCCCACUUCGCCGAAGUCCUCUGCGGCUCCGCGGAGCACCCGCUGGCGCCGCAGCUGCAGCUGCACCCCGAGUUGAUCGGGCAAACCGUGGAGAUCAUCGACUCCUACACGGAGGGGCCCGAGACCUGGCUCCAGCUCCACGAGAGCUCCGGCCACCUGCGCCUGCGCCCCUCGGACCUCAGGCCGUGCACUGAGCAACGAGGCAGCUUCUUCUACGGGGCCUUGUGCAAGGUCGCGGUGGCGCGCUUCCCGGCGCCCGACUCGCCCACCGUCUGCUUCCUGAAUCCGGGCACCGCGCUCGAGAUCCGGGAGCGCCAGGUGGUGGACGGCGUGCUGCGCUUGCGCCUGGCCCGGGAAUCCAUGCGGGGCCUGCGCGAUGGCUGGGUCUCGGAGUUCAAGCGCUGCUGCUUCGACCCCCGCCUGGGCGGCGCCGCCCAGGUCAUGCGCCUCAGGGGCCGGCCGAAAAGCUGGGGACAGAAGGGCACCAGCUACGCCUUUGCGUGCUGAAGCGAAGCCGGGGCCCGGAGAGGAUUGCUGUGAGCCCAUGAAGAUUGAGACACGAGAAGCGAAUCGCAGACCUUCGGUGACGCGUGUCUGUUCUUGUU